CGGUGGGCGGUGCUUCUGAGUCAGCUUCCUCUUGGGCAGCUUCCAGAGGAGGAAGUGGGGGGAGAAGAUGCCUCAAGAGCCAAAGGAAGCUGGACCUCUCGCAGGUACCGCUGUCUGGAAAUCAAAUAAUUGAGCAGCCAUGGAAGGCAAGGGGCCUUAUCGUAUCUAUGACCCUGGUGGGGGGACAAAAGAGGAAGAAUCUGCUGCCCUUAAGGAGCUUCUAGAAGAAAACAUCAGGCUGAAAGAGAAGAUGCAAGGCAUGAAGUCUCUAGGUAAUGGGGAGCUGUUGGAAGAAUCUCAGUUAGAAGCAUCCAGAUUGAGACAGAAAGUGGAGGAUUUAGUGCAGGACAAUGACAUUCUCAGAUCAACCUCUUCUCUUGACAAACUUGCAGAAAUAGCAGGAGAGAUCCCAGACCUUUGUUCGUCCUCUGACGUUCCAGGUGAAAAUCAGAAGGACAUGGGAAAAGUCACACCGAAGCCGUCUUCCAGUGGGUCUUCAUCUGAAUUUGAAAUUGUGGGAGCUGAAGAUAAGAGGUCUUUCCCAGACAGCAACAAGAAAUCUGGUAUAGAGCCAGUUCCCAACGAAGACGCCAACCUUAUGCUCCACCUUCAGCGCUUGGAGAACACACUCAGCCUCUUUGCUGAGGAGUCCGAUAAAACACAGCUCUUUGCCCAUCUGGGGCGCAUGGCUCUGGAGUUCAACCGCCUGGCCUCCAAAGUGCACAAGAAUGAACAGCGGACAUCCAUUCUUCAGGUCCGAAGCCUUCUGGCGUUGUGUGAACAGUUGCGGAAUGAGAAUGAGGAGCUGAGAACAAAAUUGGAAAAGGAACUGGAGCAAAGGAACCAGAUCUCUGAGAAGCUGAGAUGUGAGAACCUGGAACUCAGGAAGAUGAUGAUGAUGGGCAACAAAGAAGGAAUGAAAGCAGAAGGCAUUGAGUUUGCAGGACAACAACAGAAGGGGGCAGCAGAGGAGAAAGUGACAGGGAAAAGCAUGUUGGGGACAAGUGAGAAGAAAGUAAAGAUACUCGAGCACCAGCGCAAUGAGCUAUUGGAAGUAAAUAAACAGUGGGACCAGCAUUUCAGAUCGAUGAAGCAACAAUAUGAGCAGAAGAUAACAGAUCUACGGCAAAAGCUUGCAGACUCCCAGAAAGCUGGGGGUGAAAUGGAAGCUGAGCGGGAGCAGAAGCAAAGGGAUUUUGACCGCAAGCUUCUCCUAGCAAAAUCCAAGAUUGAAGAGGAGGAGGCAGAAAAGGAGAGACUUAGUGCAGAGGUAAAGGACCUGAAACAGAGAGUAAAAUUGCUUCAGGAUCAACUGACUCCAAUCACCAGACAAAAAGAGUACCAAGAGAAGGAGAUUCUCCGGCUAAAUAAAGCCUUAGAAGAAGCCCUGGCCUUCCAGGCCUCUGCUCCCCCUCCGUCUGCAUUCAACAGCCCCGCUGACCCUUCUGUAAAUAUCCGGCAGCAGGAAGUGAUGACUCAGAAUGACCUCCUGAAGCAACAGGUGAAGAUCUUUGAGGAGGACUUCCAACGGGAGCGGAGCGAUAGGGAAAGGAUGAAUGAGGAGAAGGAGGAGCUGAAGCGACAGGUGGAGAAGCUUCAGAAGCAGUUGAUGCUUACCAACAAUCAGCUGAGGACCUUUAAAGAGGACUACCAGAAAGAGAAGGAGGAAAAGGACAAGUACAAGAAAAUGCUAAAGCAACACAAGCAGCAUUCUGGUGACAGGCUCAACCCAGAGAACCCACAACCAGCACCAGUGGCCCCAGUCUGCCCCAUGUACCAGUUCCAGUACAGCCCUCCAGCCCAAGCGCACCUGUAUCGUGGUUACGAGGACUGGCAACAAAUCAGAUACCCGCCCUCCGCCCUGGCCAGUGAACAGCCUCCAGUUCACAAUUAUCACCGUUUUCCUCCUCCAGAAUAUAAUUGGUACCCACCACCAUGUGUUGUGUCACAAAAUCAGAACUCACAAGCAGUGGAUGGCGUGAAACAAUUCCCCAAAGAUUCAGACCCUACAGGCCUCGGAUUACCUAAAAAUCAACGGCCCGCUUAGUCUGUGUGAUGCUACAUUUAAGCAUCUAAAAGUGGAAAUGCAGAAUUCAUGUGAACCUACUUGUACAGAUAGCCUCCUUGUGUUUUUUGGACACUGUUCACACUUGUGCAUGUAUAUAUCAGACAUAUAACUUGGACACUUGGGAUGACAGUGGCUUGAGAAACCUAUUUGGACUCAGUUGCAAGCAAGACUGCAGUAGCAAGUGCAUUGUGUGGUUGUUGCUGUUCAACACAGGACAUACAGGUCUCCUGUGUGAACUGAACCUACAUUUCAUUGAUUAUCCUACUAUAUGACAGCUUUCCAUUGAUAACACAACAUCUUAUUUACUGGAAGCGGAAAUAUUGUAUGCGCAGAAUGUCUUUUGGAGAAUAACUAUCUCAUUGUGACCAGUGAGUGUUGCAAGUGAGAUGGAAGAAAGAAAAAGGAAAUUACAUCCCUUUUGUGUGUGUGUGUGGUUUGUUUUCUGCUUAUGACUGUCUAUAAUGUAUAGGAAUAAAAGUGAAAUAUACCUUU